AUGCAUUGUAUGCCUAUUAUAUUCCAGGCACUGUUAGGCAAUGUUUUAUCUUAUGUUGGUCUCAUUACAGUCUUGCAAAGCAUAUCUACAAAUCCAUGUUUCACAGAGAAGUACACCAAACUCAUCAUGAUUGAAGACAAUAAGGAAAAUAAAGACCAUUCCCUAGAAAGAGGAAGGGCGACUCUCAUUUUUUCCUUGAAGAAUGAAGUUGGUGGACUAAUAAAAGCACUGAAAAUCUUCCAGGAGAAACAUGUGAGCCUGUUACAUAUUGAGUCCCGAAAAUCAAAGAGAAGAAACUCAGAAUUUGAGAUCUUUAUUGACUGUGAUAUCAACAGAGAACAAUUGAAUGAUAUUUUUCAUCUGUUGAAGUCCUACACUAACGUUCUCUCUGUGAAUCCACCAGAUAAUUUUACUGUGAAAGAAGAUGGUAUGGAAACUGUUCCUUGGUUUCCAAAGAAGAUUUCUGACCUGGAUCAUUGUGCCAACAGAGUUCUGAUGUAUGGAUCUGAACUGGAUGCAGACCAUCCUGGCUUCAAAGACAAUGUCUACCGUAAAAGACGAAAGUAUUUUGCAGACUUGGCUAUGAACUAUAAGCAUGGAGACCCCAUUCCCAAGGUUGAAUUCACUGAAGAGGAGAUUAAGACCUGGGGAACCGUGUUCCGAGAGCUGAACAAACUUUACCCAACCCAUGCCUGCAGAGAGUAUCUCAAAAACUUACCUUUGCUUUCUAAAUAUUGUGGAUACCGGGAAGAUAAUAUCCCACAAUUGGAAGAUGUCUCAAACUUUUUAAAAGAGCGCACAGGUUUUUCCAUCCGUCCUGUGGCUGGUUACUUAUCACCAAGAGAUUUCUUAUCAGGUUUAGCCUUUCGAGUUUUUCACUGCACACAGUAUGUGAGACACAGUUCAGACCCUCUCUAUACCCCAGAGCCAGAUACCUGCCAUGAACUCUUAGGUCAUGUCCCCCUGUUGGCUGAACCUAGUUUUGCUCAAUUCUCCCAAGAAAUUGGCCUGGCUUCUCUUGGAGCUUCAGAGGAGGCUGUUCAAAAACUGGCAACGUGCUACUUUUUCACUGUGGAGUUUGGUCUCUGUAAACAAGAUGGGCAGUUGCGAGUCUUUGGUGCUGGAUUACUUUCUUCGAUCAGUGAACUUAAACAUUCACUUUCUGGACAUGCCAAAGUAAAGCCCUUUGAUCCCAAGAUUACCUGCAAACAGGAGUGUCGCAUCACAACUUUUCAGGAUGUGUACUUUGUAUCUGAAAGCUUUGAAGAUGCAAAAGAGAAGAUGAGAGAAUUUACCAAAACAAUUAAGCGUCCGUUUGGAGUGAAGUAUAAUCCAUAUACACGGAGUAUUCAGAUCCUGAAAGACACCAAGAGCAUAACCAGUGCCAUGAAUGAACUGCAGCAUGAUCUUGAUGUUGUCAGUGAUGCCCUUGCGAAGGUCAGCAAGCAGCUGAGCAUCUGA